AUGCAGGGAUGGCUGGGGGAAGAGAUACAACAAAUAUUACAGAGGUUUAUUGAAUAUGUCGCGGACAAUGACCACUGGGAGACCUACGGGAGCAACUGCAAUAACAGUUUUUAUUACCACAGUGGAACAAGUUAUUUGCACAAAGUUACGUGGCCCGGUACCAAGGUUAUGUGCAAAAUUAUGUCCACAGCACUAUUCUUCCUAACCGACCCCAGUGGUUUACUACAUUUUACGCAAGGAACGGACGCACGAGUUCAAAAAUUAAGAGAAUUUAUAGCGUGCACAAUUGUAAAUACAUUCAUGCAUAUACUGGAGGAGACAGUAUGUGAGGGACACUGGGGGAUACAGUAUGCAUGGCACGUCAUGAGGCAGGAGAUGGACGGGACGCCGACCAACAUUAUAACAACGGAGGAAUGUGUCGAAGGGUUCAUAGAUGACGUUAAACUUGGGCAUUGGAGUAUGAAGGCAAAAAUUAAGCAGUGGAUAAAGCAGAAGACGGACUUAAGGGCCUGGGUGCAGGAUACAGCAAUUAAAACAAUGUGUCCGAAGAAUGCAGACAAGAUUCACAGAAAGGAAAAGGGUAACUGGCAGGCGCGGGGGGAAAAUACAGAUAAUUAUGGAGAAACGGAAGUAAGGGAAAAAAUGGAGACAGGAAUAAAAGACGUCAUAGGAAGCGGAAUGCAAGAGAUAAUGAAAAAGGUGGGUGAACACUUGGAAGGACGAGGCAAACCACCGCAGACUGGACAACCGGGUACAGGAGCAAGGCAGCCAGGAUCGGGGACACACGCAGCUGCGGGACCCAAUGCGCCAACCACGAAACCAGGAGGAGCACAACAUGAUAGCAAGAACGAAACAAGAAGUGAUGAGGACGACACGCAUGGAGGCAAGAAACCGGAAGCUCCACCAGUUAAGCAACCAAAGGCCCCGACGAAUGCUGUUACGGAGACGAACGAUAAGAAGGAGCAUGGCAGUAAGGACCCCAAGAAUAAGCAUCAAGUACCACCAUCAGCAACGUCAGCCGCACAAACACCAGAGGGCACAUCCGCCACAUCGGGAGGAGCAUCAGUGGGGAGGAAUGAUCCCACAACAUCAGAAACAACACCAGUAACAACAACAGUAACACCUACACCAGCACCUCCUGCAGCACCGGCAGGAGGAGACAGUAGUGGACAAGAUCAAUCCUCGGGAGGCACCAGUACAGACCAGGUUGCACACAACAAAGGUAAGUGUACACAGGGGCCUCAGGUAUUUAAGGAAACAAAUACAGGCAUGGGCAUCUCCGGUGCUACAUCAAGCAUCGUCCUUUCCUUCGCACCUACGUCGGAAAACGAUGAUGACUGUGACAAGAAACCGCAGGACCCACAGGAAGGUACUGGAAAUACACCGGACACGACAGGUAACGGUCAGGAGGAUUCACGGCCCGCACCUGCAGCACCCCAGCCUGCCGCCGCAGCACCAACAUCAACGCCACACUCCACGCACACAGACGCCUUGUCACCUGUUGCCGCCGGUGCAACAUCCGCCGCCGGGGGCGCAGCGGCAGCCGGAGACGCAGCACCCACACCAGGACCAUCGGCAGACGUAACACCAGCAGGUGGCACUCACACAGACCAGACCACGGAGCAUGUGAACCGGGUACCAGCAUCCCCCGAUGGACACACUGCACAGCCUCAAGGUACCCCUGCUACGGGUAUAGACACUACACACACUGAUCCCCACACGACCAGGGUGGUGGACGCUGGCAAUGAUGACCCCCCUCCUCUCAAUCCACCCAAACCCAAACCGAACCCGGACCCAGAUCAAGCGGGUAGCAGCGGAUCCGCUGAAGGCGGGACUGGCAAUGAUCAAACUUCUGUUUCCUCCGGAGGCAGUGCCCCAAGUCCGCCUGCGGGAGCUGGAGGGGGAGGGACGUGCUCUAAAUCGGGUUCCCCCACUAUAAAUAGAGAUGAUAAGCCGGGAUUGGACUUAAAUUUUGGCAUAUAUUCAGUAGGUGUAGGUGGAUCCUAUGGACCAUAUGGGAAACCUGAGUCACCAGUAGGAACCACAGAUGCGCCAGAUGGAGAUUUUACUACUCCCGUCAUUACUGCAAAGGACAUCUUCCUUUCUUCCCCUGUUCUUAUGUUCUUUGAAUCCGUCACUUCCCUUAUCCUUCCCUUUUUCCUUGGCAAAGCGAGUACACUGGGCACAUCAUCGACUAAUGGCACAAGCCAAUAUGGCAUUACGGAUGCUAGUACAACCGUAUCGUUGAGUGAUGGAACGGACGUGGGAACGCGGGGGAAGCGUAAUUUUUACGGUGGUCGUGUGACGGGUAGUCCCGUGAAGAACACACUGUUCGAUGACAUGCGAAGAAAAUUUAAACCCAAGGUGCACGUCAAGAAUCCAGGACCUGUAAAGAAGAGGCCACAGGUUGGAACAGCGAAGAACAAGCUGAAGGAAUGUUGUCAGAAAUUGAAACGUUGUAAAAUGGGAAGAAAGGCAUGGUUGGCGCUUAUAUUAGUACUCUCAGUUAUUUACCCAUUACUUCUGUCCGAUGUAGGAGCAACCAUGUUGCCUGCGAUGUUUUAUGUGAUGGUUGGUCCAUUCACUUUUACGCAGUUCAUGCGCAGGUAUGGACCUUCCAUGCUGAUUCCAAUUAUUUAUUCCUGCGUGCUAGUAUGUUUCUGUCGCUCCAAGACAGGGAAAUGUUUAUUGGAUAAAAUUUGGAAGAAGAAGGAGAAGGAGGAAGCUCCCACAGAAACGGAAACAAAAGGAGUAAAUGAGGAGUCGAAGAACACGUAA